AUGGAUCCCCACAGUGAAUUCAUCACACAUCCUUCUGGGGAGAUCACUCACUAUAUCGCAGACUGCCAUUCUGAUCCCUGGAAACCGCGAGAAACAAUCCUCUUGCAGGGCGGAUUUGCCCGCCAUGCUGCCUUUUUCUACCAAUGGGUCCCGGCUUUGUCUCGUCACUACAGAGUUAUCCGCCGCGAUCUACGCGGCCACGGCCUGUCCAGUGCGCCAUCGAUCUUGCAGAAGCCAGAAGCCUAUACCCUAGAGACGAUCCUGUCCGACAUUCUCGACACGCUUGACCAACUGGGAAUCCAAAAGGUCCUUUUCUUCGGCGAAAGCACGUCCGGGAUCCUCGGUGAGAUCUUCGCCUCUCGAUACCCUGAGCGCGUACUCAGUUUGGCAGUCUGCUCGAGUCCGACACACCUACCCAAAGCAACACAGGAAUUUCUCGCCGUCGGCCAACAAGCCUGGCCCGAAGCAUGCCGAGCACUCAAUUCCAGAGGGUGGGCGCAAGCUCUCUCUGGACGUCCAGGCACCAUGGCUUCCACCGAACCGGCGUACCGAAAAUGGUGGCUUGACCAGAUUUCCGUCAGUAGCGGCGAAGGGUUGGCUAGUUAUGCCGAAUUCCUGUGUACCAUCGACUCAAGGCCUGUUUUGGGGAAAAUCACAGUUCCCAUGUUAAUUUUGGCACCGACAAGGAGCGCUGCGACGAGCAUUGCUGCCCAAAGAGAGAUUCAACAACAGGUUGGGAAUGGGUGCAAGUUAGUUGAGAUUGCCGGGGCGGGACAUGAGAUAUACAGCGAAGAAGCAGAGAAGUGUAUCGCUGCGUACUUGGAGUUUAUAGAGGGAAUUGAGAGGUAG